AUGGACCUGACCGUCCUUCGCUCCAUGUCGUCGCGGUUUCCGUGGUCUCUUUCCUUUUCCUCCCUCCUAUCCCCUCGCAAACCCCAGCCAUCGGCAUCAGUGUCGGUCUCGACGCAGACCAUUCCCGAUAGCCGACCGCCAUCUGUCAAGGUUAUCACACCGUCUCCCGAGAAAGAAUUACAAGCUCGUCGGGAGAUCGCGCGGAGCGAUGCGGAGGACUGGCUGCAGAGCCUGGUUGGCCAGGACAAUAUCAAACGUCGGUUGAAUGAGAUUCAAACAUGGAUCAGCAUUUGUCAGAGACAAGGGAAAGAUCCAAAGCAGGAGUGGUACAAUAUUGUCCUCGAGGGCAAUGAAGGAACGGGUAAAACCACUGUCGCCCGCAUAUAUGCCAACAUCCUCUUUUCGACCGGCAUCACCGACGUGCCGACCCUUCGAGAAAUCUCCGGAGCCGCGCUGGCCGCGCAGGGACCCGAGGGAUUGAAGCAUCUGAUCAGUGGCAUGGUCGACGCUGCAUCCCCCUCGGCACAGAUUGUUGGAGUCUUGCUCGUCGAGGAUGCUCAUCUGCUGAUAACGUCGUCCCCCACUCGCACUCAGGAGAUCUUUGAUGGCCUCUUCGAGGCGAUGGAGCGUGGCACCGGACGCGUCGUCGUCGUCCUCAGCGGUCAUCCUCCGCACAUGGAGGGGCUUGUUCGGGUUCAGCCCCGACUUGAAAGAACAAUCUGUUGUACACUGCACUUCACCGACUUCAGUUCCAAUGACUACCUCACUCUGCUGGGCCAGUCGCUACAGGAGCGUUACAAUGGCAAGCUCGAGGUGGCCGGUGGCCUGGACGGUCCGUUCAUGCAGAUGGCCGCUCGGCGACUUGUCCGUGCGGCUGCCGGAAACGGCCCGAGAAAUGUGCAUGCGGUGCAACGUCUCCUGGACACCAUCACUCUUCGCCAACUCCAAUCGCUGACCCAAGAACAGGGCAAUCUGGAAGAGGUCGAUACCUUUUUCUUGUCGCCGGAAGAUAUACUAGGUCCCAGACCGGCCGAUGUACUGGGCCAAAGUCGGGCUUGGGCAGACCUGCAGAAGCUUGUUGGUCAGGAAGCGGUCAAGGCAUCAGUCAGUGAACUGCUGGACACGAUAGAGGAGAACUUUUGGAGGGAAGCGCGAAACCAGAGACCGUUCUCCGUUCGAGUCAACCGUGUUUUCGUCGGACCACCAGGGACUGGCAAGUCCACGGUGGCGAGGCUGUAUGGGCAGGUGUUGGCAGAUGUGGGUCUUCUGAGCAGCGGAGAAGUGGUUGAGAUGCGUAUCUCGCAGAGACCUGACGUCAAAGGCGUCCUGGAUUCCUCCAUCGGCAAAGUCCUCUUGGUCGAUGUGUCUGAUCAUGAUGACUCGUCCCAGAUUUGGCUGAAAACUCUUAUCACUCAAUUGUCGCUCAUUCCUCGCCACGAUCGCUGUGUGAUCCUGGUUGGAACUCACAGCAGUAUCGAGCCUUUGGUUCAGGAAAAGGAUAUAUUGAAGAUUUUCCGAGAGCAUCACAUUGUUCAUUUCCAUUCUUUUACGAAGGAGCAGUUGCGGCAGAUUCUCGAGAUGAAGCUGCACGACGACGAAGUUCAUGCUACCUCUGAGGCGCUGGACGACGCUGUUGAACUGCUCGAAGUUGCUCGCAUGCGCAAGGACUUCAAUAACGGAAGAGCAAUUGCUCACCUGCUCGGCUCAGCUCACUUUGCAUACGAACGGAGUCGGUCGGAGGGUGACGUGACCCAGUCACAACUCGAUAGGGUUCUGGUGCCUGAAAAUUUCAAAGGUGAUCGUUUGUGUGGCAGACCAAAAUUGGAUUUCCGCGAGGAGUUGAAAUACAACCUUGUCUCGGAAGAUCUUAUUACUCUGCUGGAACGCUACCGGCACGACCUGAAGGCUGCGUGGUUGCUGAAUGCGGACCCAAGUCGGCGUGUUCCCCUUGCAAUGAUCUUCAAGGGCGCCACUGGAAUUGGCAGGAGAAGCGUCGCACGGCUGAUCAGCCGCCUAUACUAUGACAUGGGUGUGCUAGCCUCUGCAAAAUUUAUGGAGUGCUCUGCAACAGAUCUGACCCCCUUGGAUGCCCGCAACUCGUCGACUCAAACGCGCUCGCUGCUGGAACGUGCACGUGGAGGUGUUUUGUUUGUGGAAGAUGCUCACCGGCUCAGUGAGAUCGAAUCCGCUGCUCAGACGAUCAAUGACCUGAUUUACCUCCUGCCCAAGUACUCUCGCGACACUGUGGUGAUUCUGGCGGGAUCUGGCCCUGAAAUGGACCUGUUGCUGUGCAACCAGCCCCGCCUUUCGAGUCUGUUCCAGGAAGAGGUUGUCUUCAAGAGUCCUACACCCCGUGAGUGUCUCCGCCUGCUUGACCAGCGCCUCGAACAAGAAAAGAUUCCUGGCUCGCGGCCUUUCCUCACCGACACUCGGACGGAAACAUAUCGCGAGUUCACACGCGCCAUGCAAACGCUCUCGAUGUUCCCUUGCUGGAGCAAUGCCCGCGAUAUUGACGUCCUGGCCAUGUGGAUGGUGUCUUCUGUUUUGCGCGCAGUCCCGCUGGACGGUGACUCUGUCUGUGCUCCUCAAUUGAUGGAAGAACAAGCCAUGGCAUGCCUGAUCAAGAUGUAUAAUCUCAAGCGUGAUCGUCUUCGUUACAACCAGGACCCCAAGGUGAAAUCGCUUCCACGCAACCUUUCGCAGCCGAGGUCUUCCCCUUCCAUCAGGAGCGGCGUCAGGUUUCCCGUCUAG